AUGCGCGCCGGCACUCUGAUCGGGACAUUGUCCCUUCUUACGGUUCUCUUUUACUGGUUGGACUCGAAUCUCAGUAACUUCUACAUCUUCAAGCCUGCAAGGCUUCAGGAGCUGGCGAAGGCGUCGAUCAGCCGACACCCAAAUAACGUUACUGCGUUAAUGGUGGAUUUGAACGAUGCUCUUCGGGAAGAAUAUGGCAGCCAGCAUGUUGCGCCUUUUACUACUGAUACCGAUAAGUGGAUAUGGAGCAACCACGGAAGUGCAAUGGGAGCAUUCGUUAUCCUCCACGCAUCAGUCACAGAAUAUCUGAUCUUCUACGGCACUCCUAUCUACUCCAAUGGACACUCCGGCCUUCACUUGGCAGAUGACUACUUUGUCAUUCUCAAUGGCACUGAAAAGGCGUAUAGGCCAGGACAGCUUGAGGCGACAACAUAUUACCCUGGAGAUGUGAAUCAUUUGCCGAGAGGGCAGUCGAUUCAUUAUGCCAUGGAUGGAUGGGCUUUGGAGCUGGCGCAAGGCUGGAUUCCAAGUAUGCUUCCGUUCGGACUGGUGGAGUCGUUUACUAGUAACCUUGACUUUGUCAACCUUUGGAAGACUUGUGCCUUGACUGCAGACCUGAUGGCCAAAGAGCUGGUGCUUGGGAAGUUUUGA